CUUUAAUAAAUAUAUGUUUACCUGUACGGAAUACCGGUUGAAUGCCAUUGAAAGGCGGGGCUACCUGUACCUGAUUGAAAAGUGUGUGUACAUUUUUGUACCUAGCUAAUCCAUUGUGAUAUUUGUACUUCGGUGUUUAAAGCAUACAACAAACAUUAAAGUUGUGUCUAUUUUAUGAUUUUAUAGCAGUGGUUUGACUUGAUUGUUACUAGAUCACACAUUACACCAGGAUGCAAAUGACAGACGUUAUUCUCACUCAGCCGGGACAAGAUAAAAGGGGAUUUCCAGACAGUGGCGUAGCCCCGCCUCCGGGAUGUCCUCCUGGACUGGAGUAUUUGGCCCAGAUGGAUGAGAUAUAUGUCAAUCAGAAAGUCGAUCUUUUAGAAAUGAUAACAGAUUCAGCAAUAGAAAUUCCAAACCGGUAUAGCAUAGAAAACCACAGUGGACAGAGAGCUUAUUUUGCCCAAGAAGAGUCAGAGUGUUGUAAUCGAAUGUGUUGUGGUCCAGACCGAGGUUUUAUUAUGCACAUAACAACUAAUGACGGCAGGGAAGUAAUUCGGUGCGAAAGAAAAUUUAAAUGGUGUGCAGGGUGUUGCUGGUGUGCAGAUAGUGAGACAUGCGGAUGGGAAAUGACAGUUGAGGCUCCAGUAGGGACUGUCAUCGGAUAUAUUCGACAACACUCAUCUAAAUGGAAGACUCAUCUCACACUGUACGACGCCAACCGUCAGAAGUUGUAUGAUAUUUGGAGUAAAUGUUGCCCAAUUUUCUGUGUUUGUUGUAUUGAUGACAUUAAUUUUCAUGUGUUUGAUGCCAGGUCUCAAAACAAGUUAGAGUCACGCAUUUAUAAGAAAUGGUCUGGAUGGGCAAGAGAAUGUUGUACAAGAGCUGAUCUGUUAAUCUGUGAAGUACCUGGUAUGGAUGUAAAAGAGAAGGCACUAUUUCUUUGUACAACAUUCAUGUUGGAUGUGAUGGUUUUUGAGACUAUGGAUUCGGGUGGCGCUGGCGCCGGCUCUUAAAAUGUCACGGCUGACAUCUAACUCAGUGCAAUCACAUGACAAAAACCAAGAAGAUCACGAGAUCAAGUUUACAAUUUGAUAUUCUACAUCUUUUUUAUGUUAUAUUUUAAAAUACAUCCUCAAUAUCUUAAGGGGAAACAUUACAAUAAAACGAGAUAGAUAUUUAGUUUGUUAGUCAUAUAGAACGUUCUUGAAGGGGAACAUUACAAUAAUACUAGACAGGUCUUUGUUAGAGAAUAGAACGUUCUUAAAGCAUUGUAAAAAAAGUUGUAUCUAUUAACAAUUAAGGAAUACAACUUUUUAAGAGACAAUAUCUUUCCCUUGUUUUGGUAAAUUGGGUAUUUCUGUUGGAAUAUAGUGACUCGAUUUUCAUAUAAUAUUUAGACAUUUGUUGAGCUUUUUUGUUCUCUUAUAGCCCCCCACCCCAAAUGAAUAUUAUCAAUUAAACUGUUUUCGAUACCUUCUAAAGUAACUUUGAUCAAACUGUAGAUCUAUUCGGUCUGGGAAUAAUAUAACCUGGGAACAGUUACUGUAUAUCUAACAAUAUAUAUGUUCCUGAUAUAACUAGUAUCCAAUGUAUAUCUUAAUGUAAGAUAAUGGUCCAAGAUAUGGUAUAGAAGUCCAAUUUAUUAUUUUUGUUGAUAUUCUAGCCUUUUACAGUUAAUAUUGUCACAUUCAUACUCUAUUUUUACUGUUUUAUGCAGACACAUUUUCUUUCAAUUCUAAUUGUAAGUUUUCCAUUUUCCUGAAAACAAUUUGUAUUGGUGUGUAUACCAAUAUUGUUAUUGCAUGGCUAUACUUAAAAUGCAAUUGUUCUUAUUCAAAUAUUGAACAUUUUGCAAUUAUAUAUAGAACAAAUUUUUUUUUUUAUAAAAUAAAGAAAAAAUACUAUGUACUAAUUGUUUGAAAUUACGGUUCUUCUCCACUUAGAUGAUUUGUUGAUCUCUUUUAUAAGAAGAUAGAAAUGGUCUCAUCCAACACAAGUAUGAUAUAUAAUUUAAUCUUAAGCGGACGGCACCAUUAUCAAAUUAUACACCAAUGUCAAAACACAUCUUUGGGGCAUGUUAAAUCAUCUUUCCUCAAAGAUAAAAUCAACAUACUACUAGUAAAGUUUUGCUUAAGGCAAAGUAUGCGUAAUUUAGCGAUAUCAGUUAAGAUUUUGAGGAUUUUUUUGUUAUUGUAUUUUCGCCGCUUUAUAAGAACAUUAUUGUAUAUUUAUAGACCUAUUUCAUACAUUUUGAAUUGAUUGCAUCUCUGGAAUUAUAAAAGACACAACUAUAAUUUAUUUCGAUAUUCAAAUGCUGUUCAACGAGUUCUUAACUCAUGCAAAAUGUCAUCAAAAUCCGAAAUAUCGCCCAAUUACGUAUACUUUUCCUUGAACGAUAUAAAACUUGGUCAGAUAUUAACCAAGAUAUAAAGUACUACGUAUUUGACAAAAACUGUUCUUAAAAGAUGAUUACAACAUUUUUAAUUUUAGUCAUACAAUUAUCCGCAGAAUUAAAGUUGGAAUUUUAGAACAUGAAUUCCCGGUACUUUUAUGUUUAGACGUAAAAUUAUUCCAAAAACUUUCAAAAGUGUCAACGUAUUCCGACGUAUAUAAAAGUGUUACAGGCUAUUUUGGGCAAGUUUUAAGUAAUUUUAGUGAUUUGAAGAAUAUAAGGGAAGUUUCAGAAGUUUAUUCCAUAAUUUUCAUAAUGGUCAGCUAAAAUGUCUAUUAUAUUGUGUUCAUUUUGAUACGACAUACUAUGGUAAUAUAUCUGUUUGUUUUACCUCAUCAGACAUUAAUGUGCAUAAUAUGUUGUAAGUGUUAUAAAAACGCAAUUUCUAAUAUUUUAUUGAACAUUUUUAUCUGUAUAUUAUAUUUUUUUCUUUUAUAAAAAAUGUAAAACAAGUCUUUUAUUUAUGCACAUUUGCAUAGGACUUCAAUACAACUAUUAGUAUUGUUAGAUUAAUAAAAUGUUUCAAAGAAAA